AUGUCGCGGGUCGAAAUCCAAGAGAUCGUCUCGAGCAACGACAACGAUGGCGUGAAGAUUGAUCAGAUCGCUAAGGUUCGCGGAUGGUUCCGGCCAGAAGAAGGCAGCUACUUCUUUGCCGUUGUCCAGGAUUAUCUGAAGGAGAAGCUCAAACUAGAAGAUGCAGCCAAGAAGAUCCUCACACCGAUCGAUGAGAAGAUCGCCGCAGAGAGACUGGAUGAUGUAAACUUCAUGGACUUGUGGUUCAGCAUCCUACAUGCGGCAAGAAGAACACACUAUCGCGAUGCCGACAUCCAUAUUUCUAUCGUCCGCCUUGUUGCAGCGUUCAAAGAGCACUCCAUCCCCAACAACGCGCAGUACAAUUACCUACAUAAUGAACAGACCGAUCUGCUCAUGGCCUGUCGCGAGGCAUACAACGACCAGCCCACACCCGGAUCAUCAUUCGAAGUCGAAAACCAAGCAUGGUCAAAUCUCAACUUCUUCCUCGCCCUGCUUGUCCGAGAAAAGCUCGCAGACAACUUCGUUUUCGCCAUUUGGGCCAUGCGCCAAGCCCUCGAAACACCCCAUCAGGACGACGAGGACUCAACCGCAGUCCAGAAGUACGAAACUUAUGUGCCAGCCGCAGCAGUGUGGGUCUUUGGCGCUCAUCACGCCCUGUUCGAGAAACAAGAGGAUCUUACGCCAAAGGACAAGAAGCAUGGUAAUCCUGGGAGAGGAGGCGAGCUUUGGAAGGGCAAGGCCGAGUUCAGUCAUGCGAGGUGGAACUUUUGGAAGGACAGGUUCGCUGAGAUUGCGACGAUGGAUGGUCUUAGUGAGGACACUAAGGUUGUAGCAAAGGAUGCCGUGGAGUCUAUGGAGAGGGCGGCGACCUUUGAAAAGAUGUGA